AUGCUGGUUGUUAAGGCAUACGAUACCAAGAAAGGUGCGAACGGCAGCAGCACCUUGGAUGCUUCUCCUGCGGCCUCAUCAUAUUCCACAGACAGCGCUGCUGGUCCCAUGACAGUACUCGAAGAGAAGACUGCCAACAGGCGCAUAUUAUCCGCGUACGAAACACUCUCCAGAGAGGGAUUUACUGUAGAGCAGGUGGAGAAUGCGCUCUCGUCACUCGUCCCCUCGUCGCUUUCCCUGGAAGCAGCUUUUGAUUGGCUCUGCCUGCACUUGGCACCUCAGCAGCUGCCGCAUCAUUUCGCCUCGGCAGCUGCCACUGCCACGCUGGCACGAGGUGACGUGGAGGUGGUGCUUGCUGCUGCUGACGUGGAAGGGGAAGGACAGCGAGGCGGCGACGACGCAUGGGGAAAAGACGGAGAUGAGGAAGGGGGAAGUGGGGGAAGGUCCUCAGCAGCAGAAGCUGAGAAAUUCAGGAAGAUGGAAGAAGAGAGGAAGGCGAAGGAGGAGGCAGAAGAGAAGGAGAGAGAGAAGGAGAGGAAGAAAAAGCAAGCGGAUUGGAUCAAGCGGUAUGUGACGGAAUAUGAGAGUGAGGAGGAGGAGAGUGAGGGUGAAGGGAAGGAGGAGGAGGACGAGGAGGAGGAUGACUGGGAGAAGGUAGCAGAUGGGGUGGGUUCAGCUGGAUCAACAGCAGGAAACGACCUGCUCAAGGGUUCUCCUCUCUGGGAGGUUUGGGCGGAUGCAAGAGAGAGAAGACGGAGGAAGGAGCUCAGGAAAAAGACCCCUGCAGAGCAGCGCGUGCAGUCCUUGGCGAUGGAUCUGGGGAGGGCUAAGGGGGAGGCGGCACGUGCGAAAGGGUGCAUGGACAAGGGCAGGCAGGCAGAGGCGGGGUUGCUGAUCCGCGAGAUCAAAGAGGAGGCUGCAGCAUAUGGUUAUUCUGAAUCCAUGCUCGAAGAGGCCAACCAGGAGCAGCAGCGGGUUGCUGCAGGAGAGGAUGAGGAGAACGCGGAAGAGGAAGGAGGGUUUGGGUUGUUUGGGGAAGAGGAAGAGGAGGAGGAAGCGCCAUCGGAAAGGGGAGGGAAAGCAGCAAGUGGAGAGGGGGAAGGAGCAGGGGCAGGAGCAGCAGGAAAGCCAGCAGAAAAGGAGGCAGAAGAGGAGGAUAUGGGGCUGGAAGGCAUGUCUCUCUUCGAUGAUGAGAGUGACGAGCAAGGGGGGAUGGGGAAGGGCGCAGCACCAGCAUUGCCUGAGUCUGUUCUGGCGCUGCAGCGGAAGAGUGCGAGGGAGAGAGCGUGGCAGCAGCAGCAGCAGCAGCAGAUGCUGGCGGGUGGCAGGGGGGGAGGGAAAGGUGGAGGGAAGGAUAAGAAAGGCAAGGACGCUGCUGCUGCGGACAUGCAACGGCAGCCCAAGGCUCUGCUGCAGCAGCACUGCCUUAAAGCCCUCUGGCCCGCUCCCAAGUACACGAAGCUUCCAGGAAGCAGCGGCGCAGGGAAGUUUAGCUACUCGGUGACUGUGGUACGUCAGGGGGGCAGGGGAGGAGGGGGUAAGGGAGGAGGAGCGGGAGGGGGGAAAGGAGGGGGAGUGGGGGUAGGGCCAAUCACGUUCCAGGUGCCAGCAGCGGAGGAUGGGUUUGAGAGUGUGUCAGAGGCUCAAAACGCAGUGGCGCUUCUGGCACUGCACGCCCUCCUGCCCCACAUGCCGCUGCACCAUCAGCUUGUUUCUCCCUACCGAGAGCAGUGGCUGGAGCUGGCAGAGAAAGCAGCUAUUCCAUUCUCACAUGUCUCCCUCCCAGAUGCUGCAGAGACGAGCAGCAGCAGCGCAGCUGCAGCAGCAGAGGCAGCAGCCAGGCACCAAAUCAAGUUCGCUGCAGCACUCGUGGAUAAAGAGAUUAGGGCUAGGGAGGCCGCUGCUGCUGGUGGUACUGGUGCUGAUGGUGCUGGUGGUGGCGAUGCUGAGGAGAGCCCAUUCAAGGGUGCAGAAAAAGAGAAGUCGAUGGGAGGAGGGCAGAAGAAGCAAAAAAUCCCUUUCCUUGGGCAAGAGGAAGUCCCGGCUGUGGUGCGCAAGAGGGAGGCUCGGAGGCGGGAGCUGCAGCAGCGGUGGUACCAGUGGCAGGGCCUGGCAGUUGGAGGGGCAGGCGGGGCAGGAGGAACAGGAGGAACAGGAGUCACAUUGUUUCUCUCUCUCCCCUAUCUCCCCAUUGUUCCCCUCCCAGGCCCGGUUGUGGUGCGCAGGAGGGAGGCUCAGAGCCGGGAACUGCAGCAGCGGUGGCGCCAGUGGCAGGCCCUGGCAAUUGGAGGGGCAGGCGGGGCAGGAGGAACAGGAGGAACCAACAGAGAGGCAAUGGAAACAAGUGAGAGGAGGGCGAUGCAGGAGAUGAAGAGGAAGCGGGGAGAGCUACCGAUGGCAGCAGUGAGGGAGGAGGUGGUGCAGGCGUUGAGGGAGGGGGAUGUGGUGGUGGUGAGUGGGGAGACCGGGUCGGGCAAGACCACACAGGUGCCGCAGUAUAUCUUUGAAGAGGCGGAAGCUUCCGGGAAGGCGGGGUUCUGCAAUAUCGUGUGCACGCAGCCUCGACGAAUUGCUGCCAUAUCGGUGGCAGAGCGAGUGGCAGCAGAGCGGUGUGAGCCCCCCAUAGGGAGUGGCGGCAGGGGAGGUGGUGGUGCAGCAGGCGUGGUGGGGUACCAUGUGAGGCUGGACGCUGUCAAAACAUGGUAUACGCGCAUACUGUUCUGCACCACGGGAAUCUUAUUGAGGCGACUAGUGGGCGACCCUCUCCUGUCAGACGUGACGCACGUGGUGGUGGACGAGGUGCAUGAGCGCUCCAUCCAGGGCGACUUCCUCCUCGUCAUCCUCCGAGACCUGCUGGCCCGCCGCCAACACAUGAGACGACAAAUGCCACACCUCCCUGUGUUAAAGCUCGUGCUCAUGUCAGCCACUCUGGAUGCGUCUCUCUUCGCCUCCUACUUCUCCGGCUGCCCGGUCAUUCAAGCCCAGGGCCGGACCUUCCCCGUGGAGAUGAAAUAUCUAGAAGACGUGUAUGAGAGCACGGGGUACAAGCUCUCUUCCGACUCUCCAGCUGCUCUCAGAUCGGAAUCCAAUCAGUCCCGCGCCAAGGGCUCCAAGGCAGCAGCGGGAGGCGGUAGCAAGACCAAGCAGAAACUGCUGAAGGCGGGAUGGGGCGAUGAUGCUUCCCUGCAGGCUGAAACAGUGAAUCCGGAUUACGAUGCCUCGCGAUACAGCGACUACAGCGACAGCACCCGGAAAAAUCUGCGCAGAGUGGACGAGGGGACGAUAGACUACGAGCUACUGGAGGACGUGGUUUCUCACAUCGACUCCACAUGCGGCCCAGGAGCCAUCCUCGUCUUUCUGCCUGGCAUGGGCGAGAUCCAGUACCUGUGGGACAGGCUGGCAGCCUCGAGGCAGUUUGGGGCGCCGGGGAAGGUGGAGUGGCUGCUGCCUCUGCACUCGUCCGUGUCGGCUGCUGAGCAGCGAACAGCAUUCAACAGCCCUCCCAGUGGCGUGCGCAAGGUGGUACUGGCGACCAACAUAGCGGAGACGAGUAUCACCAUUGACGAUGUGGUGUAUGUGGUGGACGUGGGCAAGCAGAAGGAGACGCAGUUUGAUGCCAGGAGGGGCAUGACCAGUCUGGUGGAGGCGUGGGUGGCCAAGGCCAACGUGAGGCAGAGGGCGGGCAGGGCGGGGCGAGUGCAGGCAGGACGGUACCUCGUCCAGUCCCCUUCCCACUUCUCCCACCAUUCCCACUCCUCCCACUGUUCAUACAUCACAGGGCAUGACCAGUCUGGUGGAGGCGUGGGUGGCCAAGGCCAACGUGAGGCAGAGGGCGGGCAGGGCGGGGCGAGUGCAGGCAGGACGGGCAUGACCAGUCUGGUGGAGGCGUGGGUGGCCAAGGCCAACGUGAGGCAGAGGGCGGGCAGGGCGGGGCGAGUGCAGGCAGGACGGUACCUCGUCCAGUCCCCUUCCCACUUCUCCCACCAUUCCCACUCCUCCCACUGUUCAUACAUCACAGGGCAUGACCAGUCUGGUGGAGGCGUGGGUGGCCAAGGCCAACGUGAGGCAGAGGGCGGGCAGGGCGGGGCGAGUGCAGGCAGGACGGGCAUGACCAGUCUGGUGGAGGCGUGGGUGGCCAAGGCCAACGUGAGGCAGAGGGCGGGCAGGGCGGGGCGAGUGCAGGCAGGACGGUACCUCGUCCAGUCCCCUUCCCACUUCUCCCACCAUUCCCACUCCUCCCACUGUUCAUACAUCACAGGGCAUGACCAGUCUGGUGGAGGCGUGGGUGGCCAAGGCCAACGUGAGGCAGAGGGCGGGCAGGGCGGGGCGAGUGCAGGCAGGACGGGCAUGACCAGUCUGGUGGAGGCGUGGGUGGCCAAGGCCAACGUGAGGCAGAGGGCGGGCAGGGCGGGGCGAGUGCAGGCAGGACGGUACCUCGUCCAGUCCCCUUCCCACUUCUCCCACCAUUCCCACUCCUCCCACUGUUCAUACAUCACAGGGCAUGACCAGUCUGGUGGAGGCGUGGGUGGCCAAGGCCAACGUGAGGCAGAGGGCGGGCAGGGCGGGGCGAGUGCAGGCAGGACGGGCAUGACCAGUCUGGUGGAGGCGUGGGUGGCCAAGGCCAACGUGAGGCAGAGGGCGGGCAGGGCGGGGCGAGUGCAGGCAGGACGGUACCUCGUCCAGUCCCCUUCCCACUUCUCCCACCAUUCCCACUCCUCCCACUGUUCAUACAUCACAGGGCAUGACCAGUCUGGUGGAGGCGUGGGUGGCCAAGGCCAACGUGAGGCAGAGGGCGGGCAGGGCGGGGCGAGUGCAGGCAGGACGGGCAUGACCAGUCUGGUGGAGGCGUGGGUGGCCAAGGCCAACGUGAGGCAGAGGGCGGGCAGGGCGGGGCGAGUGCAGGCAGGACGGUACCUCGUCCAGUCCCCUUCCCACUUCUCCCACCAUUCCCACUCCUCCCACUGUUCAUACAUCACAGGGCAUGACCAGUCUGGUGGAGGCGUGGGUGGCCAAGGCCAACGUGAGGCAGAGGGCGGGCAGGGCGGGGCGAGUGCAGGCAGGACGGGCAUGACCAGUCUGGUGGAGGCGUGGGUGGCCAAGGCCAACGUGAGGCAGAGGGCGGGCAGGGCGGGGCGAGUGCAGGCAGGACGGUACCUCGUCCAGUCCCCUUCCCACUUCUCCCACCAUUCCCACUCCUCCCACUGUUCAUACAUCACAGGGCAUGACCAGUCUGGUGGAGGCGUGGGUGGCCAAGGCCAACGUGAGGCAGAGGGCGGGCAGGGCGGGGCGAGUGCAGGCAGGACGGGCAUGACCAGUCUGGUGGAGGCGUGGGUGGCCAAGGCCAACGUGAGGCAGAGGGCGGGCAGGGCGGGGCGAGUGCAGGCAGGACGGUACCUCGUCCAGUCCCCUUCCCACUUCUCCCACCAUUCCCACUCCUCCCACUGUUCAUACAUCACAGGGCAUGACCAGUCUGGUGGAGGCGUGGGUGGCCAAGGCCAACGUGAGGCAGAGGGCGGGCAGGGCGGGGCGAGUGCAGGCAGGACGGGCAUGACCAGUCUGGUGGAGGCGUGGGUGGCCAAGGCCAACGUGAGGCAGAGGGCGGGCAGGGCGGGGCGAGUGCAGGCAGGACGGUACCUCGUCCAGUCCCCUUCCCACUUCUCCCACCAUUCCCACUCCUCCCACUGUUCAUACAUCACAGGGCAUGACCAGUCUGGUGGAGGCGUGGGUGGCCAAGGCCAACGUGAGGCAGAGGGCGGGCAGGGCGGGGCGAGUGCAGGCAGGACGGGCAUGACCAGUCUGGUGGAGGCGUGGGUGGCCAAGGCCAACGUGAGGCAGAGGGCGGGCAGGGCGGGGCGAGUGCAGGCAGGACGGUACCUCGUCCAGUCCCCUUCCCACUUCUCCCACCAUUCCCACUCCUCCCACUGUUCAUACAUCACAGGGCAUGACCAGUCUGGUGGAGGCGUGGGUGGCCAAGGCCAACGUGAGGCAGAGGGCGGGCAGGGCGGGGCGAGUGCAGGCAGGACGGGCAUGACCAGUCUGGUGGAGGCGUGGGUGGCCAAGGCCAACGUGAGGCAGAGGGCGGGCAGGGCGGGGCGAGUGCAGGCAGGACGGUACCUCGUCCAGUCCCCUUCCCACUUCUCCCACCAUUCCCACUCCUCCCACUGUUCAUACAUCACAGGGCAUGACCAGUCUGGUGGAGGCGUGGGUGGCCAAGGCCAACGUGAGGCAGAGGGCGGGCAGGGCGGGGCGAGUGCAGGCAGGACGGGCAUGACCAGUCUGGUGGAGGCGUGGGUGGCCAAGGCCAACGUGAGGCAGAGGGCGGGCAGGGCGGGGCGAGUGCAGGCAGGACGGUACCUCGUCCAGUCCCCUUCCCACUUCUCCCACCAUUCCCACUCCUCCCACUGUUCAUACAUCACAGGGCAUGACCAGUCUGGUGGAGGCGUGGGUGGCCAAGGCCAACGUGAGGCAGAGGGCGGGCAGGGCGGGGCGAGUGCAGGCAGGACGGGCAUGACCAGUCUGGUGGAGGCGUGGGUGGCCAAGGCCAACGUGAGGCAGAGGGCGGGCAGGGCGGGGCGAGUGCAGGCAGGACGGUACCUCGUCCAGUCCCCUUCCCACUUCUCCCACCAUUCCCACUCCUCCCACUGUUCAUACAUCACAGGGCAUGACCAGUCUGGUGGAGGCGUGGGUGGCCAAGGCCAACGUGAGGCAGAGGGCGGGCAGGGCGGGGCGAGUGCAGGCAGGACGGGCAUGACCAGUCUGGUGGAGGCGUGGGUGGCCAAGGCCAACGUGAGGCAGAGGGCGGGCAGGGCGGGGCGAGUGCAGGCAGGACGGUACCUCGUCCAGUCCCCUUCCCACUUCUCCCACCAUUCCCACUCCUCCCACUGUUCAUACAUCACAGGGCAUGACCAGUCUGGUGGAGGCGUGGGUGGCCAAGGCCAACGUGAGGCAGAGGGCGGGCAGGGCGGGGCGAGUGCAGGCAGGACGGGCAUGACCAGUCUGGUGGAGGCGUGGGUGGCCAAGGCCAACGUGAGGCAGAGGGCGGGCAGGGCGGGGCGAGUGCAGGCAGGACGGUACCUCGUCCAGUCCCCUUCCCACUUCUCCCACCAUUCCCACUCCUCCCACUGUUCAUACAUCACAGGGCAUGACCAGUCUGGUGGAGGCGUGGGUGGCCAAGGCCAACGUGAGGCAGAGGGCGGGCAGGGCGGGGCGAGUGCAGGCAGGACGGGCAUGACCAGUCUGGUGGAGGCGUGGGUGGCCAAGGCCAACGUGAGGCAGAGGGCGGGCAGGGCGGGGCGAGUGCAGGCAGGACGGUACCUCGUCCAGUCCCCUUCCCACUUCUCCCACCAUUCCCACUCCUCCCACUGUUCAUACAUCACAGGGCAUGACCAGUCUGGUGGAGGCGUGGGUGGCCAAGGCCAACGUGAGGCAGAGGGCGGGCAGGGCGGGGCGAGUGCAGGCAGGACGGGCAUGACCAGUCUGGUGGAGGCGUGGGUGGCCAAGGCCAACGUGAGGCAGAGGGCGGGCAGGGCGGGGCGAGUGCAGGCAGGACGGUACCUCGUCCAGUCCCCUUCCCACUUCUCCCACCAUUCCCACUCCUCCCACUGUUCAUACAUCACAGGGCAUGACCAGUCUGGUGGAGGCGUGGGUGGCCAAGGCCAACGUGAGGCAGAGGGCGGGCAGGGCGGGGCGAGUGCAGGCAGGACGGGCAUGACCAGUCUGGUGGAGGCGUGGGUGGCCAAGGCCAACGUGAGGCAGAGGGCGGGCAGGGCGGGGCGAGUGCAGGCAGGACGGUACCUCGUCCAGUCCCCUUCCCACUUCUCCCACCAUUCCCACUCCUCCCACUGUUCAUACAUCACAGGGCAUGACCAGUCUGGUGGAGGCGUGGGUGGCCAAGGCCAACGUGAGGCAGAGGGCGGGCAGGGCGGGGCGAGUGCAGGCAGGACGGGCAUGACCAGUCUGGUGGAGGCGUGGGUGGCCAAGGCCAACGUGAGGCAGAGGGCGGGCAGGGCGGGGCGAGUGCAGGCAGGACGGUACCUCGUCCAGUCCCCUUCCCACUUCUCCCACCAUUCCCACUCCUCCCACUGUUCAUACAUCACAGGGCAUGACCAGUCUGGUGGAGGCGUGGGUGGCCAAGGCCAACGUGAGGCAGAGGGCGGGCAGGGCGGGGCGAGUGCAGGCAGGACGGGCAUGACCAGUCUGGUGGAGGCGUGGGUGGCCAAGGCCAACGUGAGGCAGAGGGCGGGCAGGGCGGGGCGAGUGCAGGCAGGACGGUACCUCGUCCAGUCCCCUUCCCACUUCUCCCACCAUUCCCACUCCUCCCACUGUUCAUACAUCACAGGGCAUGACCAGUCUGGUGGAGGCGUGGGUGGCCAAGGCCAACGUGAGGCAGAGGGCGGGCAGGGCGGGGCGAGUGCAGGCAGGACGGGCAUGACCAGUCUGGUGGAGGCGUGGGUGGCCAAGGCCAACGUGAGGCAGAGGGCGGGCAGGGCGGGGCGAGUGCAGGCAGGACGGUACCUCGUCCAGUCCCCUUCCCACUUCUCCCACCAUUCCCACUCCUCCCACUGUUCAUACAUCACAGGGCAUGACCAGUCUGGUGGAGGCGUGGGUGGCCAAGGCCAACGUGAGGCAGAGGGCGGGCAGGGCGGGGCGAGUGCAGGCAGGACGGGCAUGACCAGUCUGGUGGAGGCGUGGGUGGCCAAGGCCAACGUGAGGCAGAGGGCGGGCAGGGCGGGGCGAGUGCAGGCAGGACGGUACCUCGUCCAGUCCCCUUCCCACUUCUCCCACCAUUCCCACUCCUCCCACUGUUCAUACAUCACAGGGCAUGACCAGUCUGGUGGAGGCGUGGGUGGCCAAGGCCAACGUGAGGCAGAGGGCGGGCAGGGCGGGGCGAGUGCAGGCAGGACGGGCAUGACCAGUCUGGUGGAGGCGUGGGUGGCCAAGGCCAACGUGAGGCAGAGGGCGGGCAGGGCGGGGCGAGUGCAGGCAGGACGGUACCUCGUCCAGUCCCCUUCCCACUUCUCCCACCAUUCCCACUCCUCCCACUGUUCAUACAUCACAGGGCAUGACCAGUCUGGUGGAGGCGUGGGUGGCCAAGGCCAACGUGAGGCAGAGGGCGGGCAGGGCGGGGCGAGUGCAGGCAGGACGGGCAUGACCAGUCUGGUGGAGGCGUGGGUGGCCAAGGCCAACGUGAGGCAGAGGGCGGGCAGGGCGGGGCGAGUGCAGGCAGGACGGUACCUCGUCCAGUCCCCUUCCCACUUCUCCCACCAUUCCCACUCCUCCCACUGUUCAUACAUCACAGGGCAUGACCAGUCUGGUGGAGGCGUGGGUGGCCAAGGCCAACGUGAGGCAGAGGGCGGGCAGGGCGGGGCGAGUGCAGGCAGGACGGGCAUGACCAGUCUGGUGGAGGCGUGGGUGGCCAAGGCCAACGUGAGGCAGAGGGCGGGCAGGGCGGGGCGAGUGCAGGCAGGACGGUACCUCGUCCAGUCCCCUUCCCACUUCUCCCACCAUUCCCACUCCUCCCACUGUUCAUACAUCACAGGGCAUGACCAGUCUGGUGGAGGCGUGGGUGGCCAAGGCCAACGUGAGGCAGAGGGCGGGCAGGGCGGGGCGAGUGCAGGCAGGACGGGCAUGACCAGUCUGGUGGAGGCGUGGGUGGCCAAGGCCAACGUGAGGCAGAGGGCGGGCAGGGCGGGGCGAGUGCAGGCAGGACGGUACCUCGUCCAGUCCCCUUCCCACUUCUCCCACCAUUCCCACUCCUCCCACUGUUCAUACAUCACAGGGCAUGACCAGUCUGGUGGAGGCGUGGGUGGCCAAGGCCAACGUGAGGCAGAGGGCGGGCAGGGCGGGGCGAGUGCAGGCAGGACGGGCAUGACCAGUCUGGUGGAGGCGUGGGUGGCCAAGGCCAACGUGAGGCAGAGGGCGGGCAGGGCGGGGCGAGUGCAGGCAGGACGGUACCUCGUCCAGUCCCCUUCCCACUUCUCCCACCAUUCCCACUCCUCCCACUGUUCAUACAUCACAGGGCAUGACCAGUCUGGUGGAGGCGUGGGUGGCCAAGGCCAACGUGAGGCAGAGGGCGGGCAGGGCGGGGCGAGUGCAGGCAGGACGGGCAUGACCAGUCUGGUGGAGGCGUGGGUGGCCAAGGCCAACGUGAGGCAGAGGGCGGGCAGGGCGGGGCGAGUGCAGGCAGGACGGUACCUCGUCCAGUCCCCUUCCCACUUCUCCCACCAUUCCCACUCCUCCCACUGUUCAUACAUCACAGGGCAUGACCAGUCUGGUGGAGGCGUGGGUGGCCAAGGCCAACGUGAGGCAGAGGGCGGGCAGGGCGGGGCGAGUGCAGGCAGGACGGGCAUGACCAGUCUGGUGGAGGCGUGGGUGGCCAAGGCCAACGUGAGGCAGAGGGCGGGCAGGGCGGGGCGAGUGCAGGCAGGACGGUACCUCGUCCAGUCCCCUUCCCACUUCUCCCACCAUUCCCACUCCUCCCACUGUUCAUACAUCACAGGGCAUGACCAGUCUGGUGGAGGCGUGGGUGGCCAAGGCCAACGUGAGGCAGAGGGCGGGCAGGGCGGGGCGAGUGCAGGCAGGACGGGCAUGACCAGUCUGGUGGAGGCGUGGGUGGCCAAGGCCAACGUGAGGCAGAGGGCGGGCAGGGCGGGGCGAGUGCAGGCAGGACGGUACCUCGUCCAGUCCCCUUCCCACUUCUCCCACCAUUCCCACUCCUCCCACUGUUCAUACAUCACAGGGCAUGACCAGUCUGGUGGAGGCGUGGGUGGCCAAGGCCAACGUGAGGCAGAGGGCGGGCAGGGCGGGGCGAGUGCAGGCAGGACGGGCAUGACCAGUCUGGUGGAGGCGUGGGUGGCCAAGGCCAACGUGAGGCAGAGGGCGGGCAGGGCGGGGCGAGUGCAGGCAGGACGGUACCUCGUCCAGUCCCCUUCCCACUUCUCCCACCAUUCCCACUCCUCCCACUGUUCAUACAUCACAGGGCAUGACCAGUCUGGUGGAGGCGUGGGUGGCCAAGGCCAACGUGAGGCAGAGGGCGGGCAGGGCGGGGCGAGUGCAGGCAGGACGGGCAUGACCAGUCUGGUGGAGGCGUGGGUGGCCAAGGCCAACGUGAGGCAGAGGGCGGGCAGGGCGGGGCGAGUGCAGGCAGGACGGUACCUCGUCCAGUCCCCUUCCCACUUCUCCCACCAUUCCCACUCCUCCCACUGUUCAUACAUCACAGGGCAUGACCAGUCUGGUGGAGGCGUGGGUGGCCAAGGCCAACGUGAGGCAGAGGGCGGGCAGGGCGGGGCGAGUGCAGGCAGGACGGGCAUGACCAGUCUGGUGGAGGCGUGGGUGGCCAAGGCCAACGUGAGGCAGAGGGCGGGCAGGGCGGGGCGAGUGCAGGCAGGACGGUACCUCGUCCAGUCCCCUUCCCACUUCUCCCACCAUUCCCACUCCUCCCACUGUUCAUACAUCACAGGGCAUGACCAGUCUGGUGGAGGCGUGGGUGGCCAAGGCCAACGUGAGGCAGAGGGCGGGCAGGGCGGGGCGAGUGCAGGCAGGACGGGCAUGACCAGUCUGGUGGAGGCGUGGGUGGCCAAGGCCAACGUGAGGCAGAGGGCGGGCAGGGCGGGGCGAGUGCAGGCAGGACGGUACCUCGUCCAGUCCCCUUCCCACUUCUCCCACCAUUCCCACUCCUCCCACUGUUCAUACAUCACAGGGCAUGACCAGUCUGGUGGAGGCGUGGGUGGCCAAGGCCAACGUGAGGCAGAGGGCGGGCAGGGCGGGGCGAGUGCAGGCAGGACGGGCAUGACCAGUCUGGUGGAGGCGUGGGUGGCCAAGGCCAACGUGAGGCAGAGGGCGGGCAGGGCGGGGCGAGUGCAGGCAGGACGGUACCUCGUCCAGUCCCCUUCCCACUUCUCCCACCAUUCCCACUCCUCCCACUGUUCAUACAUCACAGGGCAUGACCAGUCUGGUGGAGGCGUGGGUGGCCAAGGCCAACGUGAGGCAGAGGGCGGGCAGGGCGGGGCGAGUGCAGGCAGGACGGGCAUGACCAGUCUGGUGGAGGCGUGGGUGGCCAAGGCCAACGUGAGGCAGAGGGCGGGCAGGGCGGGGCGAGUGCAGGCAGGACGGUACCUCGUCCAGUCCCCUUCCCACUUCUCCCACCAUUCCCACUCCUCCCACUGUUCAUACAUCACAGGGCAUGACCAGUCUGGUGGAGGCGUGGGUGGCCAAGGCCAACGUGAGGCAGAGGGCGGGCAGGGCGGGGCGAGUGCAGGCAGGACGGGCAUGACCAGUCUGGUGGAGGCGUGGGUGGCCAAGGCCAACGUGAGGCAGAGGGCGGGCAGGGCGGGGCGAGUGCAGGCAGGACGGUACCUCGUCCAGUCCCCUUCCCACUUCUCCCACCAUUCCCACUCCUCCCACUGUUCAUACAUCACAGGGCAUGACCAGUCUGGUGGAGGCGUGGGUGGCCAAGGCCAACGUGAGGCAGAGGGCGGGCAGGGCGGGGCGAGUGCAGGCAGGACGGGCAUGACCAGUCUGGUGGAGGCGUGGGUGGCCAAGGCCAACGUGAGGCAGAGGGCGGGCAGGGCGGGGCGAGUGCAGGCAGGACGGUACCUCGUCCAGUCCCCUUCCCACUUCUCCCACCAUUCCCACUCCUCCCACUGUUCAUACAUCACAGGGCAUGACCAGUCUGGUGGAGGCGUGGGUGGCCAAGGCCAACGUGAGGCAGAGGGCGGGCAGGGCGGGGCGAGUGCAGGCAGGACGGGCAUGACCAGUCUGGUGGAGGCGUGGGUGGCCAAGGCCAACGUGAGGCAGAGGGCGGGCAGGGCGGGGCGAGUGCAGGCAGGACGGUACCUCGUCCAGUCCCCUUCCCACUUCUCCCACCAUUCCCACUCCUCCCACUGUUCAUACAUCACAGGGCAUGACCAGUCUGGUGGAGGCGUGGGUGGCCAAGGCCAACGUGAGGCAGAGGGCGGGCAGGGCGGGGCGAGUGCAGGCAGGACGGGCAUGACCAGUCUGGUGGAGGCGUGGGUGGCCAAGGCCAACGUGAGGCAGAGGGCGGGCAGGGCGGGGCGAGUGCAGGCAGGACGGUACCUCGUCCAGUCCCCUUCCCACUUCUCCCACCAUUCCCACUCCUCCCACUGUUCAUACAUCACAGGGCAUGACCAGUCUGGUGGAGGCGUGGGUGGCCAAGGCCAACGUGAGGCAGAGGGCGGGCAGGGCGGGGCGAGUGCAGGCAGGACGGGCAUGACCAGUCUGGUGGAGGCGUGGGUGGCCAAGGCCAACGUGAGGCAGAGGGCGGGCAGGGCGGGGCGAGUGCAGGCAGGACGGUACCUCGUCCAGUCCCCUUCCCACUUCUCCCACCAUUCCCACUCCUCCCACUGUUCAUACAUCACAGGGCAUGACCAGUCUGGUGGAGGCGUGGGUGGCCAAGGCCAACGUGAGGCAGAGGGCGGGCAGGGCGGGGCGAGUGCAGGCAGGACGGGCAUGACCAGUCUGGUGGAGGCGUGGGUGGCCAAGGCCAACGUGAGGCAGAGGGCGGGCAGGGCGGGGCGAGUGCAGGCAGGACGGUACCUCGUCCAGUCCCCUUCCCACUUCUCCCACCAUUCCCACUCCUCCCACUGUUCAUACAUCACAGGGCAUGACCAGUCUGGUGGAGGCGUGGGUGGCCAAGGCCAACGUGAGGCAGAGGGCGGGCAGGGCGGGGCGAGUGCAGGCAGGACGGGCAUGACCAGUCUGGUGGAGGCGUGGGUGGCCAAGGCCAACGUGAGGCAGAGGGCGGGCAGGGCGGGGCGAGUGCAGGCAGGACGGUACCUCGUCCAGUCCCCUUCCCACUUCUCCCACCAUUCCCACUCCUCCCACUGUUCAUACAUCACAGGGCAUGACCAGUCUGGUGGAGGCGUGGGUGGCCAAGGCCAACGUGAGGCAGAGGGCGGGCAGGGCGGGGCGAGUGCAGGCAGGACGGGCAUGACCAGUCUGGUGGAGGCGUGGGUGGCCAAGGCCAACGUGAGGCAGAGGGCGGGCAGGGCGGGGCGAGUGCAGGCAGGACGGUACCUCGUCCAGUCCCCUUCCCACUUCUCCCACCAUUCCCACUCCUCCCACUGUUCAUACAUCACAGGGCAUGACCAGUCUGGUGGAGGCGUGGGUGGCCAAGGCCAACGUGAGGCAGAGGGCGGGCAGGGCGGGGCGAGUGCAGGCAGGACGGGCAUGACCAGUCUGGUGGAGGCGUGGGUGGCCAAGGCCAACGUGAGGCAGAGGGCGGGCAGGGCGGGGCGAGUGCAGGCAGGACGUCUGGUGGAGGCGUGGGUGGCCAAGGCCAACGUGAGGCAGAGGGCGGGCAGGGCGGGGCGAGUGCAGGCAGGACGGUACUUUGCCCUCUUCACCCGCCACCGCUUUGAUGCCAUCAUGCGGCCCUUCCAGCAACCGGAGAUCCAGCGAGUGCCUCUGGUGGAGCUGUGCCUGCAGAUCAAGCUGCUGGACCUCGGCACACCAGCGCAGUUCCUCAGCAAGGCCAUAGAGCCGCCCAAGGAGGAGGCGGUGAGGAGUGCGAUGAAGACUCUGAGGGAGGUGGGGGCGGUGGACGAGCGGGAGGAGCUCACUGCUCUUGGUACACAUCUGGCUGCUCUGCCUGUUGACGUUCGCAUUGGCAAGAUGAUGAUCUACGGGGCGGUCAUGGGGUGUCUCAGCACGGCGCUCACCAUCGCUGCCUGCCUCAGCUACCGCUCCCCAUUCUCCUCCUCCUUCCACGAUCGCAAAGCAGCCGCCAGGGCAAGGCAAGCACUUGUGGCCAAAGCUCGAGAGGCCAACCCCGAUGCAAGCUCACAGGAAGCAGCAAGAGGCAGGCAGGGAGAGAAGGGGAGCUGGGAUGAUGGCGAUAGUGAGGAUGAGGAGGAGGAUGAAGGGGGCUGGGAGUCAAAGGUAGAAACAGAGACUGCAGGGGGGAAGGGAGAGGGAGGAGCAGGUGCGAGUGGGAAUGACUGGGCAUGGAACAUGGCACGGGGGCAGCAGUCCGACCAUCUGGCUAUGGCCUCAGCCUUCAACGGCUGGGUGCUGGCUCUUCAGAGGGGCAGCAGGGCAGCAAGGGAGUUCUGUCAAAAACAUCACCUCAGCAUUCCUGCUCUGCUCAUGCUGCGGGACAUGAGAGUGCAGUUUGCUCGACUGCUCAUGGACAUUGGCUUUCUACGGCAGCCCAGCAAGGCGCCUGCGAGCAGGGGUUUUGAUUGGCUGGAUGAGUCCACCCAGCUCUGGAACCGAUGCUCUAUGAGUGCGCCUGCUGUGAAGGCUGUUCUCUGUGCUGGCCUCUACCCCAACGUUGCAAUGAUGGCACGUGACUCUAUCGAAGCUGCGCACUGUUCACACGCGUCAGACCUCGCACACGUGGCAGGGGCGUCCGGGCGGCCGCGGUGGGUCACUUCGACAGGGGCUGAGGUGGCGAUCCACCCGUCUUCGGUCAAUGAGGCUGUCUCGGUGUUCCGCGCUCCCUUCCUUGUCUUCCAUGAAAAGGUCAAGACAUCUCGAGUGUAUAUCCGCGACUGCACUGUUGUUUCUCCAGCAGCCAUUCUUCUGUUUGGCGGACCAAUCAUGGUCCACCAUCAGAGAGCGCGAGUGUCAGUGGAUGGUUGGUUGGACCUCGUUGCUCCGGCUCAGACUGCUGUUCUCUUCAAGGCCAUCCGCGGGUCGUUUGACACUAUCCUUCGUCGACAUAUCCUUCAAUCUCAG